GCUCUUCCAUUAUGGGACUGGACAGAUUUAUAUUCUGAAACUUGUUUAUUGGAUAACCCAUUUUAUUCAGAUGAACAAAUAUUUAUUACAGAUUGCCAGGCUUGUGAAGAUGAAUAUCAAAUAGAUUAUGUAAAUGGAACAUCCUCUGAAGAAAUAUCCCAUCUUUACAUUCAAAGAAAUAUUCCUGUAAUUGUAAGAGAUGCAAUGUUGGACUGGCCAGUGAUGAAAGACUCAUUUACGAUUCUGAAUCUCACUGAAGGUUUUCUGCAAAUGAAGGAAGAUGUAUGCAUGUUUCAGACUAACUUACGUGUUGAUAACCAUCGCAAAGUUUUCAAGAAGUUGCUAAAUGAAGACUUACAGAAGUGGUAUGCUCACUGGGAGAACUGCCAAAAAGCAAAUCAGAAAUUUUUAAGAAAAUUUUAUGCACGACCAUAUUUUAUCCCAAGUGUUGUUCAAAUGACAGAAUCUAACUGGAUAUUGAUGUCAUCUAACUACAUAGGGAGAAAGUUCAAGAAUAUUGAUGCUUUGCCUUCUAUAACUAUCAUGUGGGUUGCUCAAGUACGGGGAUACAAUAGUAUUAGGCUUGAACCCAAGAAACCAUGUCAUAAAAUUUGUAACAUCUUGGAAGAUACAGUGGAAGAAGGUGAAAUAGUUCUUUUCAGCCCAGCAGUAUGGAAUUUCUCAUAUUUACCUGGAGAGGGUACUGAAAAUCUUGCUAUAGCUGCUGGAGGAUUUUCUCAUUUUUCAUAGUACUUAGAAAUGUAUUGAAAUGAAAGCAUUCCAUUAUUAAUAAAAUGAAGGGUUCAAUUAUGA